UUAUCUUUCCCAGCCCGUUUUCUGAAUUCUACCACUUCCAGACCAGAAGAACUUCCAUCUUGGAAAUUUCGCUUUUUUCCCCCCCAAAUACAACAACAACAACCACCACCAAACGAACGAAUCCGACUAAUCACUGCGAUCAUCGGGAAUAGGAAACGCGAUAUUUCACGAUUAAAUUUGUCGAAUACUGGACAUCUUUGAUAACCGAGCGGUCUACUAUUACAUCAAGUAAAUAAAGUAAUCGAUCCGACAAUCGACCAGACAGACAAACGCGAGAAAAGCAAGAAAGAAAAAGGAAAAGAAAAGAAAAGAAGCAAAACCGAGAUAAUAAUCCCCCGCCGCCCAAAAUGGCCAACUUCCUCGCCUCCAUCUUCGGCACGGAGCAAGACAAAGUCAACUGCUCGUUCUACUACAAGAUCGGCGCGUGCCGGCACGGGGACCGGUGCAGCCGGAAGCACGUGAAGCCGUCGUACUCGCAGACGAUCCUGCUGCCGUCCUUGUACCAGAACCCGGCGCACGACGCGCGGGCGCGGCUGACGCCGGAGCAGUGCGCGAACCACUUCGACGCCUUCUACGAGGACCUGUGGUGCGAGCUGUGCCGGUACGGGGAGCUCGAGGAGCUCGUCGUGUGCGACAACACCAACGACCACCUCGUCGGCAACGUGUACGCCCGCUUCAAGUACGAGGACUCGGCCCAGCGCGCCUGCGACGAGCUCAACUCCCGCUGGUACGCCGGCCGCCCCGUCUACUGCGAGCUCAGCCCCGUCACCGACUUCCGCGAGGCUUGCUGCCGCCUCAACAGCGGCGAAGGGUGCGUGCGCGGCGGCUUUUGUAAUUUCAUCCACAGGAAGAACCCCUCGCCCGAGCUCGAGCGCGAGCUCUCCCUCUCCACGAAGAAGUGGCUGAAGAUGAGGGGCCGCGACGAGAAGAGCGUGAGUCGGAGCCCGAGCCCGGAGCCGACGAGGAAGAGGUAUUGAAUUAAGCAGGUGGUGGUGGUGGUUGUGGUUUUUUUUUUUUUUUUUUUUUUUGUUACUCGGGAGAAACGAAGGGGGAGUUGUUCAAGUGCCGAGGGAAAUUUAGGACUUGGGCCGAGAUUCAUACAAUAACAAGAAGAAGAAGAAGAGGAAGAAGAACAAGAGAAAGAAAAAUUAAGUUCCAGUACCAAGAGGAAGGGGGAGGUUGGAAGAAGAGGAAAGCAUAUCAGCGCGAUUCUAUUAAUACUAGGGAUGGGAUGAGAUGAGAUGAGCGAGAAGAAUACGCCGAAUACGAGGAGGAAGCAAGAAGAGACGCGCUCGCAACCAAAGCAUACACGCAGGAUUCGGUAUUAGAUACCUAGGUACCUACCUACCUAACCUAUCAUGAUAUUAUAUACCCUUGGACCG